AUGCCUCCAAUCAGACGCUACCUUCGCAUCAGCAAAUACUCUGUCCUGGAAUGUAGGAUAUAUCUUGAAAACCCCACAUAUUCACGCUGGCUGCUUGAUGCCCGCGACCCAGCUCUGCUCCGCGUCUUCAAUAGUAUACAGCCACUGAUCUUACCCAAGCUCCGAGAGGAGAACGCCCGAGCUCGAGCCAAAAAGAAGUUAAAACCCGUGAAGGACGUUCUCUCAGAAGGUAAAGCAGAUGAUUUCGAGGUGUCCAUUUUCCUCCGUGAUGGAGGUACCAGCCAUUCAAUCGUUACAAAAGAUAAAUCGUUCAACAACCAAACGUCCAAAGUCCAGAGCAAUUCGAAUGAACUGAUUGGGACUGAACACGCUCGGAUCCACAUCGUUCAUGACCCCGUUUCUGUACCAACUAUUAUUCCUGAGAGUGAAAACGAGUCUACAAUGAACCUGCAGGAUAUACCCACAGCAAUACCCUCUACCUCAAAUAAAGAAGGCAUCCAACCAUCGAAUCAACGUCGACAGUGCCAACGGAACCGUACGGAAACUAAUUAUGAUGGGGGAAAUAUUAGCGAUUCCCAAGAUACUCAUGUUGCGAAACGGAAGAAGGCCGGUACUGAACCUUCUUCAGACAUAAUCGAAGACGGCAAGAAAUUAGGUCUUACCACGAGGUAUAGAGGCUUCACGAUACGGGGGAAAAUAUUGUGUCUCCUUAUCACCCGUAAAUGGGACAGAGGGAGACAGAAACUUGAUUCAGCAUCUGCCAGUCGAGCAUUAAUGGAGAAAAUGGAUCUCGACGCAAGCUCCUGA